AUGAUUUUCUCGCACAGACACCGACCCUCCUCUAAGCAAUGAAUGAAUCCUUUUGUCUCUGAACCCCCCCCGUAAUUGCAAUAUUUACUCCAAAUUUCCACUUCUGCAUACCUCUCCCCAUCUUUUCCAACAAUUAAUACAUUUCCUGGUCUCAAUUUACACUCGUCUUCUGCCAGUUCUUCAAUACAAUUCAUUCCCACCUCUCUCUCUCUCUCUCUCUCUCUCUCUCUCUCUCUCUCUCCAGCUCUUCCCCUAAUUAAAUUGAGCUUUAAAGUAAACCCAUCUCCCACAGCCCCUCUGUUCAAUUCCUUGUAUAUAAUGGCCUUGGACGUUCACAAUAAACACCCAACAGAGCUUGCCACCCCUGCCGGAGGAGCAAUCAGUCCCGGAGAUAACGAUCGUGGUGGCAUAGCCUCCGGUCUCCGACGACCCGUUCCGGUCACUCUCGACCUCUUCCACACAAAACCCACAACAUCCCCUGUUCAAUUAGAACACUGCGCUUCUCUUCUUCCUCUGGAUUUCCAGAGUUUCCUCACCAUUAAGACGGGGGAAAUAUAUCGCAGUAAGAUGAGUCGCCAAAACGGAAGUAGCAGUUGCAACCCAAAGCUAGACCUGAAGCUGAACCUGUCACCGCCGAGGGGGAGUAACCGGCAAGUCGAGUCGCCGAACCGGUCGAGGACGGUGUCGCCGACGUCGCCGCCGAGCUCGUGCGUGUCGUCGGAGCUGAACCAGGAAGAAGUCGAGCGGUUCGCUGACAGCCCGGAGGCGACGUCGUCCAUGGUGCUGGUGGGGUGUCCUCGCUGCCUCAUGUACGUGAUGCUUUCGCAGGAUGAACCCAAAUGUCCAAAAUGCAAGAGCACCGUUCUGGUGGAUUUUGUCCAUGAGCAGAGCAUCACCAAGAAGACGAGGAAAAACUAGAGCAGCUGCAUAGCUAGUGGUUAGCCAGCUUGCCUUCUUUUGGUUAUUUCUCUUCUUCUGUUUGUCUUAAUUAUCUCUCCCUUUUUAAUUUAACCAUAGAAUCAAUAUCGGCGAUAUCAGUAUAAUAGCAGCAGCAGUAGCAGACUAGAAGUGCCAGUGUUCCCCUUUGAAUUUAGCUCCUGUCUCUUCCCUAGCUCUUUAAUUAGCAGAAAACAAUGUAAAUGGGCUAACUUCCCCUGCCCAAAUUUUCUUAUAAUAUGCUGGGUAAUUCCUGUUUAA